UAGUAAACAAAGACGUCACUUCCACCUAAAUUCGCAGUGGUGUCUCAAUACGGAAGGAUGGACCGCUGCUUUACAUCGUAAAAGCGGCGGGUCCUUAUGGACGACGCUGUAUUGUCCUAGCAUUGUGCUACUUCCCAGUGUCAGGCAAACAUGUCUUUAGAAGCCCGUCCAUCAUGAAGAACGUCACAAGGACCAAAGGUUCCAGAUAGAGACAGAGUCAUUGCCGACGAUGUCUUCACCAGGUCUGUCUACCAGGCUUCCACGUUCUACAUCGCAGAACGACCAACAGCCGGACAUCAACACCGAUCUCGCCGGCACUGCUGAGCACGACAAUGACGACGAACAAGAGAAUGAAGCCUGUCAAGGGGAUCUGCCCAUGAGCAUGACCGCGAGUGUGAUCCUGACGAACCUGCCUAGAGAUGCGAGCCAGGCUCUCAAGGACGUCGAGGAGAUCGAUGACCGGAAGGUAUCCGUGCGGUUCCAACCCAUUGGAUCGGCGCCGAUCUUGAAGCAGCGGGUGUUCAAGAUCAAUGCAUCAUCCAAGUUCAGCGUGGUGUUGAAUUUCUUGCGGAAGAAGUUGGGCGUCAAGGACGGCGACGGGGUGUUUCUCUAUGUCAACAGCGUCUUCGCACCAGGCUUGGACGAGGGUGUGGGGAAUUUGUUCAGGUGUUUCAAGACGGAUGAGCAAUUGAUCGUCAGUUAUUCUACAACGCCUGCUUUUGGUUGAACCAGCCCUCAAGAUUCAGCGGAAUUCCGUGCGCCACGCCAUGCUAGAAUGCACAAAUGUCCGCUACCGCCA